CAUGAUAAAUUGUUACUUGGGUUUCUGUUUAUAUACUUAUAUUGGAUGUAAUGUUUAAUCUUUGUGGGUAUUUCUCAAUUCAAUUGGUUACACAAUGUGAUUGAUUUCCUAUAUGAAUUUUUUUGAAAAUAUAUUUAUUUGUUUAUUCAAUUAGUGGGUUAUCACUCAAAAAUUCAUUUCUAUGGAACAAAGUGAGAGAAUUUUUGUUUAGUAGCAUAAUUAUCGAGGCAAGCCGAGUUGCGUGGUGGGCUGUUUGAGGAGCUGGACUUAGUUAUCUUACUUACUAGUAACCGGGCAAUGAAUAAUGAAUAACAAGCCUCUUAUAGAGUACUAAUAAUUUCAUGAAUGUUGCUCCAAACCCAAGCAAAUCUAUAUUGGCACUUUUUGCAGUUUCAUUAACUGGCGCAUAUAUACAUAUGUAACAACAACAAAAACUAAGCCUUUGUCCCAAAACUUUGGUGUACAAGUUUGCAAAGUAGACUUUCAAUGGGACAGAUGCGUGUUGCAACUUUCUUGAAAUGUACUCAUCUAGUGUUAUAAAAAUAGGGUAAAAGUUAGGUACAAUAUGUUAGGUUCUCCAAUUAAAUUCAAACUCAUAACUGCAUCCAUUUUAAUUGUUAUUGAAAAAAAUAUAACAUUGUUUGUGCUAUAUUGGUCAAUACAACUAUAUGUUUGAAUUUAAUUGGGGAAUCUAAUGUACUAUAUGUAAAGAAUUGUACUUAAGUUUUGCUCAUAAAAAUAAUAUCUGGGUGUUCCACCACCUAUCAUAUGCUUCAAAAUAGUGGGAUGAAGAUCAUGUCUUGAAGUUCCAUCUACCAUAUAGGCCCUUGUUCCUUUAGGGCUGUAUUACAUUUGUAUUCCUGCUUCAUUUAAUUGGUAGGACUCUUGUGCCUUUUCUAUAUAAACUCACGCUUGCACGCUUGUUUAGCCUGACCUCUAAACAUGAUCUUGUUUAAUAUUUCCCGUUGUAUAGUACCACUAUCAAUAUUAAAUACACUGGUCCUGAGAAAUGGGUUCUAGUUUGAGCUUUACUACUUCUAUUAAUGCUACAUUUGAAUCAAUUUGGAUAAUUUACAGAUUUCUGUGAGCCUUGUCCGAGUAAUGGAGAAUGUAACCAAGGCAACUUGGAAUGUGUUCGUGGUUAUAGAAAGCAUGGGUAGUUGUGUGUAGAAGAUGGAGAUAUUAAUGAAACAGCUAAGAAACUUGUGUGUCCUAAGAAACUUAUUCAUUCUGUUGAAGUGGAUAGAGAUUCAUCUUUGUGAAGCACAAGCUCAAUUUUUAUGCGAUGGACUUGGGGCAGUUUGGGUCAGAGAGGAUGAUAUAUGGAAGGAGUUAGAUGGACAUUAUUUGGUGAAAAAUGUUGGCUUGGACGAUGGCACCUUUUUGUAUACAAAACAAAGGGUAAUGGAUGCUGUUAGUAGAUUAUUGGAGACAAGGACAGAUCCUCAUGGGAUCAAAGAGUUGAAGUGCCUUGACUUGUUAGCAGAGCAUUACAAGCUAGUUGCCUGUCGUAUCCGUCGAUGGCUCUCUGAGCAUGCUCUUAUAGUUUUCCGAGUUUCCACACUGCUUAUUGGAUGCACAGUGUUAUUCUGGAAAGUUCGUCAGAGACAAUAUAUAUCAAGCAGAGUUGAAGAACUUUGUCACCAGGUGGAAGAACUGGUUCAAGAAGAUUCCCGAGUAGAUCAGUAUCCAAACCUGGUGAAGGGCGAAUCAAAAGUAGUAUGGGAAUGGCAAGGUAAAAAGGCUUACCCAAAUGCUUUUUGA